UUCCCCCUCUCUCUCUCCCCAGCGUGUAUUUUACCACCAAUCACUCGCCCCCAUCGAGCAAAUCUUUAAAUUCCCACGUCAAUAUACUCUUUUUCAAGCACAAAAAGUCUAUAUAAAAUACAAAUCAUGGAAUUACUUUCUCAUUUCCAGUGAGCAAAAUAAGCUGUGAUGACUAGUCCGCGUGUCAUUUCUUUGCUUCCAUGCAAGGCUUCCUUUCUUCUACCAUAAGCCCAAAGGCCAAAGCCACCAUCAGGAUUCAAGAUUUUAGAGAGAGAGAGAGGGAGAGAAAGAGUCCGUGUGUGUGUGUGUGUGUGUGUGUGAGAGAGAGAGAGAGAAUUCAGUAUGUGUCCUGUUUUAUCGGAGCAUAUAUCACUGCCAAACAGUCCUUUAGCUCUUCAUUUAGAUAUUUCAUUUUCUUUGGGCAAAUGAAGAGUUUAAUGGAGACUAGACCACUCUUGAUGGGAGGUUCCUUUUUACAAACUUUUCAGUUACCAGAUCUUGUUCUUGCUAAUCCAUAAUGGGGGUUUUUCCUGAUCUGAUUUUCAAGCGAUCCUCUGUUUCAUAGGAUUCUUGGGCUUUUUUUUUUUUUUCUUAAUGAGAUAUUGGAUUCAGCAUAAUCAUUUUUAGAAAAAUUGACUUUUUUUUUUUUUUUUUUAAUUUGAUCGUCUGGGUUUUUUUGCUUUAGCAAUGGAAGCAGUGCAAGAACAGAGGCAUGUGUGCAAAAUAUGUGGCAAGGGUUGCUGGAGUGGUAAGUCAUUGGGAGGUCAUAUGAGGGUUCAUUCAGCCUUGAUUUCAGCAAUGAAAAAAGAAGCAGCUGAAGUGAAAUUCGACUACCAAAUGGUUUCAGAUGGGCGCGAUGAUCAAGAGGGUAGGUUUCAAUACUCCAAUAAUCAAUCAAACAGUACUUAUUUGGAUCAAGAGAAGAUCAAGAAUUGUGGGAGCAAUAUGGGUGAUGAUGAUCCGAAAGCUAGCUACGAAUUAAGGGAGAACCCAAAGAAAUCUUGCAGGAAUUUUGAUGCCAAACAUGGAGAUACGACAAGGAAUGGAACUUGUAAAGACUGUGGCAAAGUGUUUCCCUCUUUGAGAGCUCUGUCUGGUCAUAUGAGAUGUCAUUCGAUCAAGAAAAGCUCAUCGAAUCAGAAUCACUGUAAGGAAUGUGGGAAAGGGUUUGAUUCAAUGAGAGCUCUGUUUGGUCAUAUGAAGAGUCACUCCAACAAAUCAAGAAGAGUCCCUGAUGAAUCUGCUGAGAGUUCAUCAGACUUGGAUAAUUUGUGUGACCUUCGAAAAAAGCGCUCUAGGAUAAUAUGUAAGAUCGAUCCUUCUCCCUCUUCUAGUGUAGUUGAUUUUGGGGAAGUAGAAGAGGUGGCUCUGUGUUUGAUAAUGUUGUCUAGGGGUGUGAAGAAUUGGGAUAGGUCUAAAUCAGGUACAGAAUCAUCUGGUUUUGAUUCUGCAUUUUUUGGAGAUGAAUCAGUUUGUAAAGAUAAAGGAAUUGAUGUCAAUGGUGGUGAAGAUCCAUCAUUUGAUGGCAAUAAGGUGUGGAAGAUGGGUAAAUUAGUAGGAAAGUUCGAUUCUCGCAUUCUUGGCUCUGGAAAUGCUUGUUCUGAUAAGCAUGUGCCUUGUUCUGAUGAUUUGAAUUCAGGUUUCUCUAGUGGAAAUGAGAUGAAGGUUAAUUCGGAAAUUUCUGAUGGUCUGUUGAAAUCUAGUUGUUGUGACAAAGCAUUAGUUGGUGGCCAUGAUUCAGAGUUUGGAAAGUAUCUUUCUGAAAAUGCUCACAGUGAUCCUAAAAUGUUAAUAGAUUUUGACGAGAAGUUUGACUUAAAAAUGGUUGGUAGUAGCUCUUCAGUCGAGGUGGAUAUUUGCUCGCUAUCUGUUGCUGAAGCUAACUCCAAGAUUGAAUGCAAUGGUAUUGCAAGUUUUGAAUGUUCAAUAUGCUUGAGGGUCUUUUCAUCUGGCCAGGCUUUGGGUGGUCACAAGAGGGUUCAUUACGGUGGAUUAACCGAAAACAAAACCAAUAAACCUGUGGCAAUGGACGGCGAUUUUGAUCUUAACGUACCUAUCAGUAUUGCUGAAGGCGAAAAGGAAGGUGUUGGGGUUGACCAAUGGUGGUACGAGACUAGGCAGGAGCCAAUGAUCGAUGAUUGAGACACCAACUUGAUCCACAUUUACCAUGAAGUGAUGCAUUUAUAAACUGAUUCAGUCGAUCAAGAUUCAAUUCAGAUUUUAGGAUACAUCUUUUGAAUUUUAUCUUCAGUUUGCAGAUAUUCCAGUUUCCAUGUUUUGUCUAGUACCAAUUCCAGCAGAGAUUGAGUGAACUGUUGCAUUUUUUUAUUUUGAGACAUCGUGGAACAGAAGUAAUGCUUUCUGCUUUUGCUUUAUGUUCAUUAAUUUUUCCGGAAAUCACUUGCUCUUAUUCAAAUUGAAUCUUCUCUCUUCAUAUCAAGCUAUAUAGGAUCGCACGUUUUGUACUUAGUACUACUCAACUCGACUAUAUAAGGUCCUUGACUAUACUACAUCAAAGGGUUGUCGAGAGUCAUCGAGUCUGUUCAGUUGGAAGGGGUCAUGAUUGAUGUUCCUCAAACCUAUAUAUAAAAAUGCAGAGGAAGGUGGUUAUUUAGUCACCUACCUUAUA